ACAAUAUCAAUCAUAAGACAAAUCAAGAUUAAUGGGACCAUAUACAGUGUUAAAUUUCUAGAGGAAGAGUUUACUAAUUCUUUCUUCUCUUUAAAGCAAGACUUCAUGCUCUUAUUUCAAAGUGACCCAAAGGAAUGUGUAGCUUGGUCGAGUAGGAAUGAAACAGAGGAGCAGGAACUUGAAAAUAUAGGGGAUGAGAAACAAGUCAAUACACGAUGGUCACAUGAAGAAAAUGAAGAUGAUGACGUGUCUAGUAGAAGGAAAGAGAAGAGUAGAAGGCUUCCGAGAGAAGCUAGACAAGAAGAACAAAAACCGAUAGAAAAGGUGGGAAACAACCUGGAACAAUUUGAAAAUUUGAUUGAUGUAGAUAAAAGAGUAGGGGUAGGGAUGGCAGAACAGACAAAUGAGGACUUAGAAUUGUCAAUGUGGCUUCUUGAAGAAGAUGGGGAAGUAACGGGCCAUAAGGAGAAGUCCAAUGUCCAACCGAGUAUAAAGCCCAUCAAACAAGGUGAAAGACUAGAGUUUGAGGAGUCCACAAAUGUGGAUGUGAGCAUUGAAAUAAAAGAUGAAGAUCAAUUCUGUAAAGGAUACGAAGAUGUGAGGGAUCGACUACAAGAAUGGAUCAGAUCCAAAAGAAAUAGAGGAAGAGGAAAACAGAACAUGCAACCAACAGAGAAGAAAGCAACAUCAGAAUUCCUAUUGAGCCCAAAUGGAAAAAUUGCAGAGGAUUCAAUUGAUGACAGUGGAAUCCAGAAUUGCAACAGAUCUCUGAAGAAAAAGAUGCAAAAUCAAUUGGCAAAGGAGACAUGGGACCUUGCAAAGCAAUUGGGAGCAGUAGCAGAGGAUGAGGAUGACAUAAUUGGAAGGAUUGAGGAGAUGGAGAAUAGAGACACACUAGCAAAAACAACCAUGGAAAACCAAGGUGUGAAUGGCUAGAGGAAAUUACGUCAAGAUCCCAAUGAUAAUACUGUCUUUUAAUAUAAAAGGACUUGGAAG